AUGAGUGUUCGAGUUGUCGCCCGCAUCCGACCGCUCCUCGAGUCUGAGAACGACAAAGACCAGAUCGUGUCCAGUCACAACGGACCCGACGGCAAGCCCACCGUCGUCAAGAUCCCAAAUCCCAAGAACUUCGCCGAAGAAUACAGCUUUCAGUUCAACAGUGUGUAUGGACAGGAUGCCACGCAGCAGGAGAUCUUCGACGCCGAAGUCUCUCCGACAAUCAAACACCUCUUUCUCGGUUACGAUGUCACGAUAUUUGCGUACGGUUCAACUGGUACUGGCAAGACACAUACAAUGCGCGGUGGGAAGUCUCUGGCAGACCGAGGGAUGAUUCCGCGGUUGCUCAGCAGCAUAUACCGAAAGAGUCGGGCCAUUGAGAAGAACAGUAACGGCGACACCGCGGUGGAAGUAUCCAUGAGCUAUUAUGAGAUUUACAACGACCGGGUCUUCGAUCUGUUUGACGCGCCCGAAAAGCGGACACCGACUGGACUGCCCAUCCGAGAAGCAGAGGGCGGCAAGACAGUGGUGGUUGGGUUGACCGAGGUUCCUUGUAGCUCUCUGAAGGACUUUGAGACCCUCUACGACAAGGCCAACUCCAAUCGAAGUACUGGUGCGACGAAGCUCAAUGCUCAUUCUUCGCGGUCACAUGCUAUUUUAUGCGUUAAGGUUACCAUUACUAGUCCGACCGAGACUCGCAUCAGCACCGCUUCUGCCAUUGACCUUGCUGGAUCUGAAGACAACCGAAGAACUGGAAAUGGGAAAGAUAGAAUGGUUGAAUCUGCAAGUAUCAACAAGUCUCUAUUUGUUCUGGCUCAAUGUGUCGAAGCUAUCAGUAGGAAGCAGCAACGUAUUCCGUACCGAGAGUCCAAGAUGACUCGAAUCCUCUCCCUGGGACAGAACAAUGGCUUCACCGUCAUGAUACUCAACCUGGCUCCCGUCAAGGCAUACCACCUGGAUACUCUCAGCUCCUUGAAUUUUGCCAACAGAACAAAGAAGAUUGAGGUCCGUGAAGUGGAGAAUGAGCCCAUUUUCCAGGGGCCACCACGCCAGGUCACUGGAAUGCAACUGACCGGUCCGACGAUACAACGCCAACCACUCCGGCCUCUCACGAACAGUAUCAAUGUAAACCUCAAUGCCAAUCGUGAUGCGUCAUCCAAGAACGAGAAACCUGUCAAAGCUUUCUCGGUUUAUUCAGACCGCAACAAACCAGUGGCUACAAAACAGGUACCCCCGAAGUCAUCCCCGUUAAAGCGAACGGCCGACGUCUCUUUCCUGGCCUCGAUUCGUCCCACCAAAGUCUCCCGGCCUACUCCAAGCGUCGUUCGACGUGGACCGGAACCCGCCGCGAUGACGAAAGCCUCAAUCGAAACUUUAGUAGAGAAGAAGGUUUCUGAGAUCCUCGCCGCUCGUGCCCUGAACGCGCCAGACCCGGCACCAACCAAGAGCGUAUCGGAAGAAGUCCAAAGACGAUUGGAUAACAUCGAGAAGAGAUUAGAAGGACAAGACGGCGAGCGAGCCGAAGGGUUGAGUUACCUGUUCAUGGCCAAACAGCAUCAAGCUCGUGGUGAGGACGGGAGUGCAUUGAAAAUGUAUGAGCUUGCGCAACCCUACUUUCCCGACAACGAGAAGCUGCAGAGUAAGAUUAAGAGACUGAGAGAAAAAUUGGCUCGGAAGAGAGAAGAACGCGAUGAAGGAGUUCAGGAAGGACCGAGAGCUUCUAGGCGUCCGGCGAGAGAAACGUCGAGAAGCUGGGAUGGUGAUGAAGGCGACAAGAGUUAUCACGACGACGAUGGCGAGGGAUCUGCAUACCAUAACAGCGAUGAGGAAGAGUCUUCUCGCCGUGCUCGGUCGAAGAAGCCAAGACAGAAGCGCAAAGUCAGAGUCUCAUCCCCGGAUCCUCUCGUUCGACAGGACGACGACGCUGGUACCGUCACCCCACGGACGCAGUAUCUUCUCGACGUAAUCAAUACGCGGGAUGUGACGAAGAUCAAGACUCUCAGCGGCCUGGGUGCAAAGCGGGCGGAAGGGAUCGUGGAACAUCUCAACGUGGGAGUUGAAGACGAGGAUGAUGAUGCUAGGGAGCAGGGAGAUAUGUUGUUGAGAUGCUGGGAUGAUUUGACGAGACUGCGCGGCGUUGGGAAAAAGACGCUUGAGACAAUGAGGGAGGGUGUGGUUGUUUGA